GUUGACUUUAAAAUCUAAUUACUAAUUACGCGGUACGUGACAGCACAAUUUGCCUGCUGCCCGUGUGCCGGCAAACAGUUUUCCACUCCGAGCCAGGCCCAAAACAACGAUGCCGCACUUAAGUUGUCAGGGCUGGAUAGAAAACGUGCGUGAGAAAAAAAAAAAAAAAGCAACUUCAGAGAUUCGCCGCCACAAAUUUUUGAGUCAGUUAAAGUUGUUGGGUUGCUCAUCCAGUCACCUUGACAGAGGCGCUGCAAACGAACAUCAUGCACUACUAUACAAAUACUAUACUAUAUUGUAGUGUCGAGUGACUGUUGCGAAACCUCAUAUAAAUACGUUAUUAGCAUAAAUCGUUCUGAACAGUCAGAAAUGAAGCCGCGAACAGGACGGAUCGUCAAGAGCAGCCCCUUGAGCUUGCUAUAUGCCAUGAUGCCUUUAAUGAUAGAUGCAGUUUGGGGGAGAGCUCAGUAUGCAUCACCUUAUGGCAGUGCUGCUUAUGCAAUUUCCACUGCCUCAUACGCCCAACCAUAUACCCCACCAGAAGUGCAAUCGAUAUGGUCUGGAUCCCCAAUCGUAGUGAAUGAUAAUCAGUACAGUGCCCAAGAACAGCAGCAAUAUCCAAAUGGUGAUAGUUAUGAUAGAAGGGAACUUUACCGACAACCCUAUUCAAAUUGGCGGAGGGAGGAAGUACCAGCAACGCGUGCUCCCAAUCAUAACUACAACAAUGUGCCAGGUUACUUUUUCUACCAACAACAGCAGACAACGCCAUCGCCACCUCUGCAAUAUCCCCAAACUAUUCCAUCUCAACUACAACCCAAUCCUCCAUACAAUUCGGAACUAGACUCAAGUGAUUCUCGUCGCGAGGACGAGCAAGUGGUCCAAAUCGGAGGCAGUCGUUCAUUGGCCACAAAUAACUAUCAAAACAUCUACACUAACAAUGAAAACUUCUUUGAACCCGCACAACCCUGCAGGCGUCGUGACUUUCAGGCCAAAUAUGCACAACAUUAUGCCGACUAUUUGCGUAAAUAUCCAAGACGCCUGCAGCCAGUUUACAACACCAGUGAAGAUUUCGAUGAGAAAUGAAGGAAUACUCUAUAUACUUGUUCUCUGUGCUAAAGCCAAAUUGAAUAAAUCCCCUCAAGAGCCAUUUGGCUUUUGAUUGAAAGCGUGCCAA